AUGAACUAGAUCUAAAGUUCCUUCUAAACUCUCUGAAGACUCUGAGAAAAAUAGAGAUUUGAGCAAUAGAAACCAAAUCCAAUUGAAUAAUCAGUUGGGUUUGGUUUCUACUGCUUUCAAUUUCUAAUUAUAUGUACUUUUAAUUGCUUCUUUGAUUUUGCAUUUUUGUUAAAUUUUACAUCUUUUUUAGACAAAUCAUGUUCAUUUUUUUUUCUUUAAUUGAAUGUUUUCUUCUCAAGAUCUAUCUUUUUCGGUUCUAUUCAAAACGUUUAAUGUUUUUCAAUUUUUUCAAACAUGUAUUUGAUUUGAGUCUUGCUGGAAAAUUAAACACUUUCCAAAAGCAAACUCAAUUUAAUUUUUUUGAAAUUUAGAAGGGUAGAAUUGAUGUUACUAAGCCCUGAUUUGUAAGUUUUGUAAAUUUUUUCCCAAGAAUUCUCCCCUUUGGCCCAGUAAUUUUAUUACUAAGCCCUAAUUUGUAAGUUUUGUAAUUUUUUGAGCAACAUUUAAAAUAAUAACACCCAAUACUCUCUCUUUUUAUUUUUAACUGUUAAAAUUUUAUUAUACUCUUUUUGAUAAACAAAAGUUACUUUACUGUUUUAACCUAAUGUUACCCCAUUCAAGUUUUUGGUAGUUUAGAUCAAGUAUCAGUUAGGUUUUAAUAAAUUUCGGUUAAUGCUUAGUUUAGUUUUAAUAAUUUUGAGUAAGUUUCAUUAUUUAAAUACCAGAUUAAUUUGCUGAUUUACUUUAAUUAUUGAAAAUGUAUACUUUAAAUUUUAAAUUUUUGCUUCUGAACCAGUUUAAAUGUAAUUUUUUUGCUACAGAAUUCUCCCCUUUGGCCCAGUAAUUUUAUUACUAAUGUAUGUUUUGGCCCAGCACCAAGCCUUCUUUUUAAGUUUGUAAAUUUUGCAAUUGUUUCUCUACAGAAAAACCUAAACCCUAACCAGAGCAUCCGCUAAACCCUAAUUCUUGUUUAUCGCUUCAAAUGUCAAUGGAUGACCUUGCUGUAUCUUUGAAGGGUCUGAAGGAUGAGCUUACCGUGUCUUUGAAGGCUCUGAGGGAUGAGCUUGCUGUGUCUUUGAAGGCUCUGGAGGAUGAUGUGACUGUGUCUCUGAGGUCUUUGAAGGAAGACAUGGAUUCUGCUGUGAAGAAUCUUAAAGAAGACCUGGCCUUCUCCCUCUCUCUGAAGGAGAAGGAGAAGGUCCUGGCCCUGGGUCAGAUGGAGCUCUCUCUGAAGGAGAUUACGGGCCUCCACGAUCUGGAAACUAAGAAGACUGAGAUGCUCAAUUCGUUGGAAAUUAAGAAUACUGAGAUGCUCCACUUGCUGAAAAUUAGAGAGAUAGCAGUAGAUUCGAAAGAGAAGGAAUUAAUGAGGAGAGAGUUGAAGUGUCAGCCACAGCAAGGUGAUGAUGAUAAGGCAAUGAUUACUAGUUUGGGUUCAAGGAUUUCUGCUCUUAAAAAUGAAGAAUUAGCUGCUACGAAGCAAGGUAAUGAUGUUAUUCUGUUGCCUAUGCAAAUGCCAUUGUAUGGUAUUUUGAUUGCUUUUAUGACCUUAAUCUUCCCAUAUGAAGACAAUACCAAUGUUUCAUUCAUCAUUGGGGUCACUAUGCUUCUUUUUUUCGGAUUCUUUCUUGGCAUGAUCCCACCCUUUAUUGUCUCAUACCAAACGUUAAGGAAAUUGGGGGAAGUGGUAGUUGGUUUGAGUGCACGUAAUCGAAAGCUCUUUCAAGAAGUGGAGAAUUUUGAUGGUCCCUCUUCUGGACCCACUGAACCCACUGGUGCUGUCUCUUCCGGUCAAGUAGCGGAUCUUCCAUUGCAAAGAACCGCAUCAGUGCUCAAUGUUCUUCAUUCACUGAAAUGCCAGUCUGAAGCUAUUUCUGAAUCGUUAGGAGGUUUUUCUUGCCAUUACAACCGAAUGCUUUAUGUUCAAUUUGGCAGUGCAUUGGCCUUCUCACUUGCCAUUCCGCUGACAACGGGAUUACUGUACUCGAAAAUGUUAACGUACCACCGGAGUUGAUUUAGAGCCGAGCACACGUUGGAAGACAUGGAUUUGAUGGAUUUGGUGUGUUUGUUUGAACUAGUGUGUGUUUGUUUGAACUAGUGUGUGUUUUUGUUUCAAUUUUUUUGUUAGAUGUAAAUGCUAACUGGUUUACGGCAGCUGCAAUUAUUCGUAACAGUUUAAAAAAUUUAAAGCAAGAUGAUGAUGAACUUUGUGGAUUGUACAUUGGCUUUGUGAGUUCCUUUCUUUGGGAUAAUGAUGAACUUUGUGGAUUGUA